GCGCUUCAACCUCACCGCGCGCGUCACCAGCCGCCACGAGCGGCGCGAGAUGUGCGUGACCAUCUGGGAGGCUGAUGUGUGGUACGGCGGGGCACCCCUGGGUAAGGCGUACUUCCCCAAGACAUGCCUGAAGAACAUGACAGAAGCGGUGGUGACGGCGACGACGUCGACCGACUUGCUCGGGCUAAGCAUGGCCAACGGGACAUCGGGGUUGCUUCAGGUCGAGAUGACACAGUGCACCGAUUUGCUGUUUGAUGAUGGCACCUCAACCGGUGAAAAAAGAUGCCACUGGCUAUGGUGCAAGGCCACGUUGGGCGGGCAGUCUCACCAGCCCCCCUCCCCCUGCCGCAUCUACCCCAUGACUCGGGCAGAGACUAGUGAUACAAGGUUCUUUCUUGUUCCAAGAAUGUGAUCGAUCGGUAUAGGGUCAGGUUGAUAUAUAUGGGAAGCGCUCUUGCAGACUGAUUUCUUUCUUUGUUGGUUAAUCAUGGCCUUCUUUUUCAUUUUGUGUGACUGUUUUCUCUGGUGUUCUCUAUUUAAUCAUGGAAAUGUGACUGUUCUCUUGUGUCA